CCCCGCCACGGCCUUUUAGAAGGAUGUUAAAAUGACCCAAGGUGGGAAGAAGAAGAAAAGGUCCGCGAACCGCAGCAUCCUGCUGGCCAAGAAGAUUAUCAUUAAGGACGGGGGCACGCCUCAAGGAAUAGGAUCACCUAGUAUCUAUCAUGCUGUGAUAGUUAUAUUUUUGGAAUUUUUUGCUUGGGGACUCCUGACUGCACCAACUUUAGUGGUUUUGCAUAAAACAUUUCCAAAGCAUACAUUUUUAAUGAAUGGCCUGAUUCAAGGAGUAAAGGGCUUGUUGUCUUUCCUGAGUGCUCCUUUGAUUGGGGCCCUGUCUGAUGUUUGGGGCCGAAAGUCAUUCCUGCUGCUAACAGUAUUUUUUACUUGUGCGCCAAUUCCACUAAUGAAGAUCAGCCCAUGGUGGUACUUUGCUGUUAUCUCUGUCUCUGGAGUCUUUGCUGUGACCUUCUCAGUGGUGUUUGCUUAUGUAGCUGACAUAACCCAAGAACAUGAAAGAAGCAUGGCAUAUGGCCUGGUUUCAGCGACUUUUGCCGCAAGCCUAGUCACCAGCCCUGCCAUUGGUGCCUACCUUGGUCGAGUGUAUGGAGACAGCCUGGUGGUGGUCCUAGCUACAGCUAUAGCAUUGUUGGAUAUUUGUUUUAUCCUUGUUGCUGUACCUGAAUCAUUGCCAGAAAAGAUGAGACCUGCAUCGUGGGGAGCACCCAUUUCUUGGGAACAGGCUGACCCAUUUGCGUCAUUAAAGAAAGUAGGCCAAGACUCCAUCGUGCUGCUCAUCUGCAUAACAGUCUUUCUCUCCUACCUGCCUGAGGCAGGCCAGUAUUCCAGCUUCUUCUUGUACCUCAGACAAAUGAUGAGCUUUUCACCAGAAAGUGUUGCAGCAUUUAUAGCAGUCCUUGGGAUUCUCUCCAUUGUUGCACAGACAGUAGUUCUGAGUUUACUUAUGAGGUCCAUUGGAAACAAAAACACCAUUCUUCUAGGACUGGGGUUUCAAAUAUUGCAGCUUGCAUGGUAUGGCUUUGGCUCAGAACCUUGGAUGAUGUGGGCAGCAGGAGCUGUUGCAGCCAUGUCAAGCAUCACGUUCCCAGCCGUUAGUGCUCUGGUUUCACGGACGGCGGAUGCUGAUCAGCAGGGUGUUGUCCAAGGAAUGAUAACAGGAAUUAGAGGACUCUGUAAUGGCUUAGGACCGGCACUUUAUGGUUUUAUAUUCUACAUUUUCCAUGUGGAGCUGAAUGAAAUUCCAGAGGCUCAAAAUGACCUGGCAGACAAUGUGGCUGUGCAGCACCAUUCACUGCAGAACGCAAUCAUUCCUGGUCCUCCUUUCUUAUUUGGAGCAUGCUCCGUAUUACUGGCUCUGCUUGUUGCCUUGUUUAUUCCUGAAUACACCAACUUAAAUGUUCGAUCCAGCAACUGGAAGAAGCACUGUGGUAGCCAUGGCCAUCCACACAGUCCACAGACCCCUGGGGAGGCCAAAGAACCUUUGUUGCAAGACACAAAUGUAUGACAGCAACACUCAAGGACUCUUAGAGUGCACUUCUUAUUUUUAUUCUUUUUCACCUGCAGUUCUGGAUGCACAUUCCAUUUCCAUCAAAAAGUGACAUUUCUUAAGAGGGUCUUAAGAAAUUCUCUUUGCAUGAAAAUUGUAAGAACCACAUCCAGGAAGUGGAAAAUCCUCCAAAGAAGUUAAGAUUUAAAUUAUUUGAACAUUUUAAACUCUUAGGACUCUUGUCAUAAAGUCCUCAGUAAAUAUUAAAUAUUUACAUUCUUAAUUUUGAAACUACGUAUAUCUCUAUAUCUGUAUAUUCAAGGUAUCAGCAUGUGUUCCUGCAUCAGUUUCCUGAAGGUGUUGAGCUUUAUUCUCUUCAUGCUGGUCUCAGUGAGGCAAAAUAUGAGCAGGACUUGAGGACCCAUUUAUUUUAACAUAAAAUCUUGGGUUAGAUGAAUUCAAAGCCUUAAUGUAGAUGCACUUGACUAAGUGGUGAACUGGGUUGACUUUGGACUUUCAAAUCAGUGUCUGGUAGGUUUUGUUUUGAGUUUUUACUAACACAAUCAUGUGUUAAACACACAUCCUGAACAGUACACACUUUUAAGUGCAUUACUCUAAUUCUUUCUGUUCUUUUGAACUAAGUAUAGUAUCUGUUUGUAUCUCUGAUAAGUAAAUGGUAUGAGCCUACAAGAUUUUGUUAUUGGCUCCUAAACUCUUUAUCUAGAAUUUGAUACCACUAUGCUUUUGAUGUUUUGCAUAAGAACCUCAAAACUUGAAUACAAACUCAACUCUUAAGCUGAUAGCCUUGAAGAUGUCAGUGUGCUCCAAAUGGGAUUGUCACUUCAGUUGCUGGAC